CGGCGCUCGGUCUCCCGUCAUCUCGGAAGCGAAGAAGAAGAAUAAGAAGGAAGGUGGGGGGAGUGUGUUGCCAGUGACGUAAUCUUUUCCUCCCAACCUCCAUCUUUCAGUGCCGCAUGCCUCUGUGGAUCUCUAAACAGGACAGAACAUGAAUCAGGAAAAACUGGCAAAACUCCAAGCCCAGGUUCGGAUAGGAGGAAAGGGCUCUGCGCGCAGGAAGAAGAAGGUGGUUCACAGAACUGCCACAGCUGAUGACAAGAAGCUUCAGAGCUCAUUAAAGAAGUUGGCUGUGAACAAUAUUGCUGGAAUAGAGGAGGUGAAUAUGAUUAAAGACGAUGGGACUGUGAUCCAUUUCAACAACCCCAAAGUUCAGGCCUCUCUGUCAGCCAACACCUUCGCCAUCACAGGCCACGCUGAGACCAAGCAGCUGACAGAGAUGCUUCCUGGAAUCCUCAGUCAGCUCGGAGCAGACAGCCUCAGCAGCCUCCGCAAACUGGCUGAGCAGUUUCCACGACAAGCUCUCGACAGCAAGGCACCGAAGGCAGAGGACAUUGAGGAGGAGGACGAUGAUGUUCCAGAUCUGGUGGAGAACUUUGAUGAAGCUUCCAAGAACGAGGCCGACUGAUGCACGUGGACCCUGCGCACACGUGGACUGCGGUGACUUGAGCAACCUACGGUGUUUUUAAGUCCACUUAUCCAGACAUAUCAGACACUCCCCUCCAACAAACAGACUUUUCUAUUUUACGAUGGCUGGUUGACGCUGGCCUGUGCACAUACACAUGUAAAGGAAAGAGUCCUUCUUCUGAUUAACAGUUAAACCCCUUCAUCACAUUGUCACGUCAGGAUCACAGUGGUUGUUAGAGCUGAAGUCUUAAGACUUGUUUUGUUUGUGAAACGAAAUAAAGGUGAUUAACAUUU